AAUAUUGAAAAAUUUUCAUGUAAUAAAAAAUUGUGUUUGAUACCGUCAGUCUAUCUCAGAUAUGUCCAGAAGAAUAGAGGGAAAGCUACAAAUUACUGGGAUAGAAACUUUAAGAAGCAAAGGACUUUGAAGAUAAAUUGCACCAUAUGAAUGAUGAAGAUCAUGAAUGGGAGAAGUUGCAAAUAGAAUUAGAUUGCACACCCCAUAACAUUAAGAAUAGCAAUUAUAUUAUUGUUAGGCAUGCUUUGGCUUGGCAUAAUUAUUUUAAGAGAGCCACAGAAUUCAAGGAUAGAAAUAUUUACAGCUACGAGUUAAUGGAUCCUCCUCUCCAUUACUUGGGCAAAAAGUAAUGUGAAAAAAUGAGACCGGAAAUCAAUUUGAUGGAAUUUGAUAAGGUGUAUAUUUCACCUCUAUUAAGAACUAUAUAAACAGCCUAAUUAUUAUUCUAGGACCACCCGCAGAAAGAUAAAAUACAGUUUAUCCUGUGUCCUCACAUAAGUGAGAAAAUCAGCAGCCAGUAUUCUAUCUAUAAAUGGGGAAAUUUGACCAGUCUUCUUUAAGAUAAUAAUAAUCCGAUUAAAUUUGACACAAGCGAAUUGCCAUAGGAAUUGGAAUUUUGGUAAUUUAUCUAAAUUGGGAAAUAAGAAAAAGUUUAAGGCUUAAAACCAAGCAAAGAGGAUUAAGAACAAUAUUUGGUUGAUAAAUUUGUCAAAAAGGGAAAAAAUAUUACAUUAGAAAAAACUAAGCAUGCUGAGAGGAGAGUAAAAAUAUUUUUAGAGAAAUUAAUACAAAAUUAGAAUAAUGGAAAAAAAACAGGAAUUGUCACUCAUUCAUAAAUCAUCAAAAUAAUAUUGGCUCAGACAAAUAAAGUGGUUGAUACAAAAAUCAAAAAUGGUACAGUUUUAGGAAUUAAUAUUUGA